UUUUGCAGUACGAAGAAGGUGCAGCUAACGACCAUCAGAAACUCCAAGGCUGCAGACUCCAUAGCUCACACAGUCCUCGACACGCCGCAACGCGUCGGAGGGGAAAGAUCAAGAUGGAGGCAGCCACCUCGAAUCCGUCGAGCAAGAGGAUCGCCCUGGUCAGCGGAGGGAACAAAGGGAUCGGGCUGGAGACGUGCAGGCAGCUCGCGUCCAAGGGGCUCAAGGUCCUGCUGACGGCGAGGAACGAGGCGAGGGGGCUGGAGGCGGUCGAAGGCGUCAGGCGCUCCGGUGCUGACGUCGUCUUCCAUCAGCUGGAUGUCACCGACCCUGACAGCGUCGCCCGGCUGGCGGAUUUCGUCAGGGAUCAGUUCGGGAAGCUCGAUAUCCUGAUUAACAAUGCAGGCAUUUCAGGUGUUGAUCGAGAUCCAGUUCUGUUUGCACAAGUUCAGGAACAGGUUGAAAGCAUGGAUGUAGAUCAAAGAGUUCAAUGGAUGAAAGAAAAUUCUAAGGAGACAUAUGAGGAAGCAAAAGAAUGCAUGAGAACAAACUACUAUGGGGCAAAGCUUGUCACGGAGGCACUACUGCCUCUUCUUCAGUUGUCCUCCUCUGGGAGAAUUGUCAAUGUCUCAUCAGGCUUUUCACUGCUAAGGAACUUCAACAGCGAAGAACUGAAGAAGGAAUUCGACGACAUUGACAACCUUACUGAAAAGAGACUAGAGGAGCUUCUGGAUCUAUUCCUGGAAGACUUCAAUGCCAACUUGAUAGAGGCACAUGGGUGGCCGACCGGUGGCUCGUCGGCCUACAAAGUCGCCAAAGCUGCCCUGAAUGCAUACACGAGGAUCCUUGCCAAGAGGUUCCCCGCGAUGCGCAUCAACUGUUUGACGCCUGGUUUUGUCAAGAGCGACAUGUCCAUGCACAUGGGAGAGUUGACGCUCGAGGAGGGCGCUAGCAACCUGGUGAAGGUCGCUCUCUUGCCCAACCACCAAAGAGAACACAAUGACACAAUUAGUAGAGUGGAUACGAGGCCCAACUUCUACUACCACGCAUGUAAUCAGCUUGACCCUAUAUGUAAUUGUCCUGUACUUCUACAAUACUACGCUAAGUUGCUAACAUAAUGAUAUUAUUUUGUAGCCAUGUUAGAAACUCAUUAAAUUUGUUUGUUUGUGUGUAUUUCUCUAUGAUUCAAGGGGUUUUAAGUUCCGAUC